CUUUUUCUUUUUUUUUCUUUCGUUUUUUUUUCUUUCUUUAUCAUCAGAUUUACGCUCGAAAUAAUUGGAUUUCCGCUGCGUUAUCGUGAGAGGCACCGAGCCCUCCGGGUGCGGCGGCGGACGGCAGUCGGGGUGCAGCGGGCACGGAGCAUACUACAACCAAGUCCUACAACCAGCUGACCUACAACAAUGCUGCUGUGGCUCGUAUCGGCGACAGCAUUGGCUCUGACAGCAAGAGUCACGCUGGCAGACACACCUGCCAACUGCACUUUCGAUGACAUCCGGGGUGACUGGUUGCUGUACGAGACGGAGAGAACUGGAGAUGCGAAAAUUGACUGUGAUAAUAUGGGGCCGAUUAUCCACAAAAAGGAAGUGAGUCUGAUGUAUCCGAACAUCGCGGUGGACGAGUACGGCAACCGAGGCACGUGGACCAUGAUCUACAACCAAGGCUUCGAGAUCAAGGUCGCGGGGAGAUCCUACUUCGCUUUCUCGCUCUGGGAAAAGACAGGCGACACCGUGCUGUCCAUCUGCGACAAGACACUGACGGGCUGGUCGAGGGACAUCACCGUCAGGAACUGGGCCUGCUACAGGGCGCAGAAGAAGGCGGCCGCGCCUCACAAGACGCACGUCCUCCAGCGAAUGGCUCAGGAGAACUCCCUUUACAAGUACAACAAGGACCUGAUCAGCGCCAUCAACUCGCAACAAAGCAGUUGGGUCGCUGACGUGUACCCGCAGUAUGAGACUAUGACCCUUAUGGACCACCUCAGGCGCAACGGGGGAAGAGCGUCCGCCGUCGCCAGUCGAGCUCGCUCAGGACCUGUAAGCUUCAUGACCCGGCUGCGUGACCUGUCUCUGCCCGAGGCGUGGGACUGGCGCAACGUGAGCGGGGUCAACUACGUGUCUCCGGUCAGGAACCAGGGCAACUGCGGAUCCUGCUAUGCCUUUGCCUCCAUGGGUGGCCUAGAAUCUCGAGUUAGGAUUCUGACCAGCAACCACCAGAAGCCAGUUUUUGCCCCGCAGGAUAUCGUAGGAUGUUCCAAGCUCUCUCAAGGCUGUGAGGGUGGUUUCCCGUUCCUUAUCGCUGGCAGGUAUGCACAAGAUGUUGGUGUUGUGCUUGAGGACUGUUACCCCUAUGAAGGCAAAGAUGACACAUGCGUAAGGACUACCUGCACCAAACAUUACACAGCUUAUUACCGUUAUGUUGGAGGUUACUAUGGAGCCUGUAAUGAAGAGGAGAUGAAACUAGCUCUAAUCAAGGGUGGACCUCUCAUCGUGGGCUUGGAAGUCUACGAUGAUUUCCUCCACUACAAAGGCGGCAUUUACCAUCACACAGGUCUCCAGGACAGAUUUAAUCCUCUUGAGCUGACGAAUCACGCAGUAUUACUAGUCGGAUACGGGGAAGACGAGGCAACUGGAGAAAAGUACUGGAGCGUUAAGAAUUCCUGGGGUGAAGACUGGGGAGAGGAUGGUUACUUUAGGAUUCGUCGCGGCGUUGACGAGUGUGCCAUCGAGUCCAUGGCUGUGGAAGCUGUGCCCAUCCCAUAAAUUUGUAGAGCAAAAAAUAGAUAGUGAGUUAAUUAUGUAUUAUGAAAGAUUUCAAUGUUGCAUUUGGCUUCUUUGGCAAGUUGUGACUGACUUACAUUGGUAAUGUUGCCUGACAGAAUUACUUGUUUUCUUAAUUAGAUAAAUAUAAAACUUUUUAAAAAUGUCUUCUCAAAUUAAAAAAAUAUAUAUAUUCAGAGCAAUUUUUUUCAUGUAGCAGUAAUCAAAAUAUUCUCAUUAUAUUGGAUCCUCACACAAAUAGUUACUAAUUAAAGAAGACAAUAAAUAAAGCAUAAGUUAAGAAUAGAUUUCGAGGCAAAUUGAACUGCAAUAAUUUUGUGUUUUUAUGAUUGUAAUUCCUUAUGGGAAAUUGCCCUUUUAACAACAACAAAAAGAAAUUUGGGAUCCAUAGGCUCAUCUUGCCACUGCAUAUAUUAUGAUGUAUAUAUCUUUUCCAGCAUAUUGCUUCUUAUUAUUUUCUUUUUAAUGUUUAGAGAGGAUACAUAUUAUCAACAAUAUUUAUUGUUCUGUCAUUGUAUAACAUCUUAAGAUAUAUUUUCUACAAUUCUUUUUAUAUAAUAGUCAACAAUAAUUAUCAUCCAUGUAAAAGAUAAAAAAAUAUAUGCAUUCAAAAUAAAUACUUCAUAAUACAAACAUGUU